AGAGUGAUAAUGUUCGAUUCCAGAUCCCCAUUCAUUCAAGUUGUUGUUGGGUCAGUCACAUGGCCAUCGGGCAGGCACACACACAAAGGGGUACUAGUAGUAGUAGUCGUAGUAUCAGACUGGGGAGCAUGUCGCGAAACACGCUUAGUCGUCGACUAGGUACAAUCGUGUGUUUCGCUUGCAGUUCUCUGGGGUUUUGAGAAUUCGGAAACGCGCGGCAAAGUGUGUGUGUGUGUGUGUGUGAGCGAGAGAGAGAGAGAGAGAGUGAGACUUGGUGUGUGUGUUGGGUUUGAGUGGGUUUGGGUUUUGCGAGCGCCGCAUCAUUCUGUGUAUGUCCACAUCCAUUCGGCGCGUUCUGCGUCUCCCUAAUUUUGCCCUCAAUCCUGGGGGGGGAUUACACGAAGAGGAUGCUGAGAAGCACCAAGCUGCUUUUCUUAUUGGUCUUUUCUGUGGCCGUCUCUGUCCACUGGCCUGCAACGCUCUCGUGAGCAACUAAGCGCUCAAGUGCGUAGACCUGGUUGAUGAUCGAGUCUCACUGCUACCCUCAAGCGGCGUGUCUUGGACGCAGUUGCCGAAACCUCCUGGAUUGAGGGUUACUGAAAAAGCUAUACUUGAAGGCCUGUUAGUUUUGCUGCUAUGAAGACCCCCGGGUGGGAGGUCUGGAACAACAUGCGCAAGCCGCCAGUGUCGAUGUAACUGGGCUGCUGCACACGGAAGCCGACUGCACCUGCAUUGCCGCAGAGGCUUGACAUGAAUUUUUUGAUGAUUCUGCCCUUCUAACUGGUGAGUGCUACAAUACCAAGUGGUUGAGAGUUGAUCACCCACGAGUUGUCAAGCGUACAAGGCCCUCUUUAAAAGCCCUCGGAGAACGACCCUGAGGAGUCAUCGGGACAUUGCACUCAGCAAAGAAAGGAUUCUUUUCUAUUGCAGGAAGAAUUAAACCUUGCAAGGAUGGGUUGGCUUGAUUCUAUUUUUGGCUCUGGCUCUGGCUCUGGCUCAUCUGAUCAUCGUCGCUACAGCGAGAAUGAGUAUUACGAAUAUUCAAGACAUAGUUCUGGCCCAUCGCAUAGCGGUGGUGGCUUCAGUUCUGAUUCGUGGCGUGGACCCAACAUUUUCGAGGAUCCGUAUGCCAAUGUGUACUCGAGCUACGGCAGGAGCAAUCCAUAUGAUAACGAACGCUCGAGCCAAGGCUAUGGAAGCUCGAGUCUAGACUGUGGGCACUAUAGUCAUGACAGUGGACGUUCGUACCAGGAUUACAGGAACCCUUAUGGGUAUAUGGGCCCUGGUUAUGGUUAUGGUUUUGAUUAUGGUGCCAGCAGUGAGCCGAGUUAUCUGGCUAGGCGGAGUACCGAAGAGGACAGGCAAAGCACCAAACAGGUGGCUUCAGAUGACGAUGAAAGCAGAGCUGAGACCGAGGAUGAAUUUGAUAACGAGGCUGGAGACUUAGCCAGGGAUCUGGGAACUUUGAGUAUUCAUCAUCAUCAGUAUCCCCCACCGCAACGCACUUCUGUCAUUGCUCCCUACAACCACAAUUACAUGCCUGCACCUAGAUCUGCUCCACAAUCAACUUGUGCUGGUUGCAAGCAGUCGCUGAGUCAUGGGAGGUUUCUGACAUGCCUUCAUCAAAAUUGGCAUCCUUCAUGUUUCUGCUGCCGUUCCUGCGGCAAGGCCAUAGUUGACCGUGAGUUUUCCGUGCAGGAAGAUGCUCCAUAUCACCGAGAGUGUUACAAAAAGUCCUUCCACCCCAAGUGCGAAAUCUGCUACAAUUUUAUUCCUCCGAAUUCUAAAGGAUUGAUUGAGUACCGAUCACAUCCAUUUUGGGAUCAGAAAUACUGCCCGUCACACGAAUGGGAUGGAAGAAGGCGUUGCUGUAGUUGCGAUCGAAUUGAGAAAAUAGACCAGCAAUACACACCCCUUGGAGAUGGCAGGAAGUUGUGCGAAGAUUGCAUGGAAUCGAACGUGAUGGAUACAAGGGGUUGCCAGCCCCUAUAUCGAGAAAUUCUUAAAUUCUACAAAGGUUUAGGCAUGCCCAUCGAGCAGGAAAUACCCAUGCUUUUGGUGAAGAGAGCUGCCCUGAAUCAUGCUAGGGAAGCUGAAAAGGAUGAGCACAUACACGCUCCAGAAACUCGAGGACUCUGCUUGUCAGAGGAGCAAACUAUAACCACUGUCUUCGUUUCUGACAGAGGUGAAUAUGGAGAUUAUGCUCAUCCUGAGAUGCAGACGAGGAAGUUGACUCGUCACUGUGAAGUCACUGCCAUUCUUGUUCUCUUCGGUUUACCAAGGUUGCUGACGGGCUCCAUCUUAGCACAUGAACUGAUGCAUGCAUGGAUUCGUCUUGAUGGUAGAUUUCCAAAUCUGGACAACGACAUAGAAGAGGGAAUAUGCCAAGUGAUAGCCCAUAUAUGGCUGAAAGAGGAGCUCGAGAAGUUAAAGAGAAGUGUCUCAAGAGAAACCAAACGCCUUGGUGAAUUUUUUCUUCACCAAAUUGAGACCGACUCGUCACCCAUCUAUGGAGACGGUUUCCGAGCUGCCUACACUGCAUACAAGAAUUAUGGGCUUGCAAAGACCCUGAACCAUCUAAGGAACACAGGAAGAAUACUCCAAUAAACGCCAGAAAGCAAGGUAAUAAACUCAAUGGGUGUGGAGACCAAUCCUCGGGAGGAACAACGCAUGUCAAGACCCUGAGGCUUGGCAUAGCUGGUCUGAUUGUGGACUGAUAGAAGUGUUGAAACUUUGAAGUUUGGCUGAUCAGUCCACUGCUUUCUAGUUAUCUUUGCACCUGAUUGACUGGCAUAACUAGUUAAGCUUCCGCGAUACUUUCAAGGAAUGUAAACUUUUAACUCAGCUGUCGGUGGAUAGCUUCACUCUUCUGCUAGACUUGAGUAGAUAGGAGUUGAAAGACUGGGCUCAGGGGAGGUAGCACACACUGGCUUAGGUAUCAAACUGUUGAGCUUAUUGUUGAGUCCUUUCAAGUCUCUGGCGGCAAAGACUCCUGCAUCGAACUGGGUGCACCAGAAUUUUCGGAUGUGGAGUAAAGAUCGAAAGCUCGAUACGCGGGCGUUGGAGAUGGCAGGAAGUCCUUCAAGUGAUCUACGUAAGUACCAAGCAGGCGAGGCUCAACUUGCAGCUGCAGUCUAUAGGCGAGAAUCACAGGGACCUUGUGAUAUAAUGAAAUGAAGAAGCAUUGUAGCCUAUUACUGUAAUCGGAGUAGAACACGAUGUCUGAGAGUUGUUAUGAGCAAGAAUGCAAAACAAAACCAAGACAUCUUUUUGUUCUUCGUUCAAAA